AUGGCUCCCAACGUCAACACGAAGGCGAGGAACGGAGUCGGUGUCGGUGUCGUCGCCAACGGCAAGCCCCUCCGUCGCGUCGUGCCUGCAAUUCCCCUCACCUACGAGCGCCGCCUCAAGGCCAAUGCUGCUGCAAAGCAUGCCGCCGCCCAAGCCCACGCCGCCUCCGUCCCAGUUGUAUCCCUUCCUCGGCCCGCCGCCACCACCAACGGUUCUUCCUUGAAAAUUCAGAACGACGUCGACGACUCUGCGCCACCGACCCCCAAAACCCUCGAGCCUGCCAUCGCCGAAAAGACGGACAACGACGACAACGACGCCGCCGCCAAGGACGACAACGACGAGAAGCCUGCCGAAGACCAUGCAGUAAAGGAUCGCGACGGUACCCAACAGACUUCGAUCACUGCACCUGCUACCACCGCCCCCGAAGUGUCCGAAGCGACCGACAAGCCCUCCGAACGAGACGCGCCCCCGACUGUCAUGGAAUCUGCGCCAGGUAUGUUGCUUGCUGGCCGCUACGCACGCCAGGACUCUCCCUCAUACUUCGCGGGCGACCACCCGGCAGCUUUGCCGGCCUCUGGUCAGUCUGCUUGGUUGGGUCAGAAUUCGAGGCAAGGUCUUUUGGGGCAGCAAACAAAUUACUCACACCUUGCAGAGAAUCACCAGCUUCCUCCAACUUUCCGACCCCCUCCUGUCAUCUCUCCCUCGCGCUACAAUAUGCCUCCCGGCGCACCCAACGGAACUCGCCCUGCGCCAGUUGUCCUCAAUGGCACUUCUCACCGAGGCCCUCGAUCUGUCCACAACGGCCCCCCGCACAUGCAUGGCCCGCGCCCAAGCAACGGCAGCCUGGUGCAGUUCGGCGGAUUUGGUUCCAACUCCUCGUCUCCCGCCCCUCCUCACUCUGGCGGCUUCAUGCCUCCUCCCGGCGCGCCCCUUCAGGACGGACGCCAGUUCCACAACCAUGCUGCGGUGGCUGCUAACGGCUACCCUCCUCAAAUGCCUUAUGGCACCGAGUUUGUCCCUGGAACCGCCGUAGACCAAUUUGGCAGACCGAUUCCAGGUCCUCCUGGCAUGGAGCAGUACCACCCGUACGUCAAUGGCUACGGACCGUCCACCCCUCACAGCUUCCAGGGAUCCCACUCGUCGGCUCAGGCGGAGGACGUCGGUGCCUACAACCACUACCCCGCGCCUGGCAUCCCCAACGGUACUUCCCACCUCGAUGACGCUCGCCCUCACCCUCCCCAGGCCGGAGGUUUCGGUGUACCACCCCAGCGGAUGAUGCCUGGUCCUAUCCCCCCCCCGCACAUGAUGCAUCCCGGACACGAAGCCCAGGCAUUGGAUGGACUCACCGCUUACCUGCGGUCCCAGUUCCGUGAUACCACCUUCGCUGACUGUACUCUGGAGCUCCGAUAUCUGGACGACCGUUAUCCUCCCGUCCGAAUUCCCGGUCACCGCCUUGUGCUUGCCAGAAGUCAGGUCAUUAAGAACAUCCUCGAGUCUGAGAGCUUCGAGUCUAGCCCGCCGGGUGCUAACCGCAUGAUUCUUCUCCCUUCCGACGACAAGUACCUUCGCUCCGAUGCUUUUUGGAUGGCAGUUCAGCAUCUCUAUGCCUACCCCCUGCUUGGCCUCCCGGACCCCAAUGCCAACGGAGGACUUGGCAUGGCCGGCACGGCUGACGAUCGGUUCGAAUUCGCCCUUGGUUACGCCGCAGCUGGCCACGCAUUGGGUUGGCACCCAAUUGUUGUCCGUGGCAUGGAGAUUGCUUCUCACUCCCUCGGCUGGUCCACCAUUGAGCGAGCCAUCGCAUUCGCCCUGGGUGAUGUAGCGGGCCGUGCCUCAGCCGACCGCCACACGCAGUUCGUCUACGGUGACGCAGUCCAGAUUUUGAUGAACGGGAUUAUCAACUUCCUCGUCAACAACUUCCCGACGGACUUCACUCUGGACACGUCUGUGGCCGAUCCUGAGCGCUACCCUCGCAUCCCGUCUGUGCCUGCCAUGCCACCCACCCGUGAAGGCACCCCGACCAUCGCCCACGGAACUUCGGGUAAGGACCGUCGUUCACGCCCAAUGCACAUCCAGUUCGGCGAUCUGGCGUUGAACCAUGACGGCUCUAAGGUGUCCGAGCCCUCACCGUUGUCGCCCCAGCAGCGAAACAUUCAGUCCAUCCUGUCAACCAUCCUCAUUAACCUGCCCUUCGCAUUCUUGAAGCCAACUCUUGAAUCGAGUGGCUUCGGCAAUGUUAACGGAUGGGCCAAUGUGGAAGCGCGCCACCAAAUCAUGCUGGACGUUGUCAACGAGCGUGAGGCCAGAAGACACCGAGCAGUCGAGGCCGUAAGAGCUGGCGUCAUUCCGGACGCCGAGUCAAUCUUCUAUGGUCUUCAGAGCGUGGAGCCCCGCGUGGCUGAGGAGUGGAACGGGCUCGGCUGGCGUGAGGAAGUGGUGUCGUACGUCAACGGCGACGCGCCGUCCCUCGGCCGGCAGUGGGUUCCGCUGAUGGUUCAGAAGGGUGGCGGCCAUGUGGAGAACACGGGCCGCCCGGCUUAUCCUUGA